GGUGGUUUGGUUCUUCUCAAGGACAAUGGACACUGUUUCCUUCUGAAGGAGAAGACCGUUGCACAGUAAAGGCAUCCUAUUUACAGAGUCAUUACUGUUGCCUUUCUCAAAGCGUCACGUUCCUAAGGUAACAUCCACGUAAAUCUGCUCCCCGUAGAUGUAUUUACAUAAGCUAUUACGUGGUGCGAAAGCUGCAAAUUAGGCAAGAAAGCAUUCUCGGGAAUCCUCUAAGGACACGUUGCCUCAAUGAACGGGUUGCUUAGCACUCAUGAGCUACAGGAAGCUUAAGAGAAGAGGAACGUCUGUUUCCCACCUCAGUUUUAGGUUGUCUGCCGAGACAUCGAGACCUCUCUAAAGGUUUGAUAUCCUGGAAGACCUGAAGACCAUGGCGAGUGAGGCAUCAGAAAUCGAGCUCACCUUCAAGGAGGACGCCCAGCUCACCAAUUGCAUGCGUAUACGAGUCCUAAGCCUCCAGCAGAAGAACGCCAAGCCCCAAGAAGGCGAAAAGUUACUCAAACCCAACGAGUACAUUUACCGGCUGGACUUCACCAAACAGAAGUUGAAGUUUUUGUGGUGGAAGGUCCACCUUAAGAUGCCCGGGAAGGUAAUGAUCACCGGAACGUCCCAACAUUGGACUCCAGACCUCACCAACCUCAUGACCAGACAGCUUCUGGAUCCUUCAGCCAUCUUCUGGAAAAAGAGUGAUGAUGUUGAGGUUCAGUGCAGCGAGGCAGACGUCCAAGAGUUCGGGGAGAGGUUGUGUGAGCUCGCCAAAAUUCGGAAGGUUAUGUACUUUGUCCUGACUUUUGCAGAUGGCGUGGAACCGGGGAAUGUCACUUGUUCGAUUGCAUUCAAAGCGUGAGAAGGUUCUCCAAUUUGGAGGCGCUAUUCACAUUGACACAUUCGGAACCCUAAAACAUUGGUCUCUUCUGCAAUAAUGGUCUUCUUCCCCAUAUGCAAAAUGUAUGUGUAGCCACCUACGUUCAUAUCCGUAAAGUUAGCACAGUUUGAAUGUGUGUUUUUAUCUAUGGGGUGUUAUUUUUUGUAUUGUGUUAAAAUUAUUUUUAAAGUGGUUUUAUUGUAAUUCUUUGUGUCCAUUGUAUUUUUAAAGGGUAUGAAUAUUUUUGCAACCUUA